AUGGAUUCUGACGCCGGUUCCACCUGCAGCCGCUCCUCCUCCCCGGACCUGGCGGUGGACGACGCUGCCGCCGGCUUCUUCUCCGACAAGCUGUUCCAGACCCGGCCGGGCGGCGGGAAGGCCAAGACCAGGAGCCAGCUCAACAAAGAGGAGAUGCAGGACCUCAGGCUGAAGGUCAACAGCCGGGAGAGGAAGAGGAUGCACGACCUGAACCAGGCCAUGGACGGCCUGAGAGAGGUCAUGCCCUACGCCCACGGCCCGUCCGUCCGCAAGCUGUCCAAGAUCUCCACCCUGCUGCUGGCCCGCAACUACAUCCUCAUGCUGUCCAGCUCCCUGGAGGAGAUGAAGAAGCUGGUGGGCGAGGCGUACGGAGCCGGGGCCCCGAGCCGCAGCGUGGCGGCCCACCUGCAGCUCCAUCAGCCCCUGCGUUCCGCCCCCGCGGCAGCGCGCUCGCCGCCCUCGGCCGGCUUCCUGGGCUUCGGCGCUCCGGUCCCGGGCCUGCUGCACCACUUCCCCGGCAUGCCGUGCCCGUGCCCGCUCUGCCAGCCUCUGGCCAGCCUGUCCAUCCACAAAUGA